AGGAAGUGACGGGAUUGAAUGUUGUAAAAAGGGAGAGAGAGGGGAAAGUACAACCAGAGGGCCCCCACUAGUGAAUGGAUGUUAACUUUUAAUAAAAGAAAGUAGCUAACUUAGUGAGAGGCGUGCUGAGUCUAGAAGUUCAUUCCCAUUCUGAUUAAAGCAGUGCAGUGUGGCAUUCCUACAGUACAUCGUGUGCAGAGUUUAGACAAAGUUGGGCGACCUUGUUUGGUGGCAGAUGGUUAUACUUUGGUAGCCGCCUGGCAUGGGUCAUUGCCUGGACAAAAGAAUGCUGAGCUGCUCGUUUGCCUUGCCGGGCUGCCCUGUACAGUAAGCUGCGCGUGGUUAGUUUGCCCGCGGGGAUUCCCAAGUGCCCGCGGGGUGUAGCGGGGGGAUGCGCUGCUGCCAGCGGCUGUAUGUUGCUCCUUGUUGGGCUGCCCGCUUAGGCUUUGCCUUUUGGUUACUACUCGUUUGCCCGAUUACGGGGCCCAGAUGUUGCCAGUGCUCUGAGCUGAAGGUGCGGGUGAGGCUGUCAGAUGGACAGGUGGUGGAGGAAAGGCUGGAAGCGGACAGUUUAGUUGACUUUAUCAGCCUGGAGUUUCGAAAGGGCGACGGCACUUUGGUGACCUACAUUGCGGACUUCAGUCAGAAUGUGAAGAUCAUUCGUUCUCUAAUUCUGGGUGAGUUGGAACGAGGACAAAGCCAAUACCAGGCUCUCUGCUUCAUAACAAAGCUCGACAAGAAUGAAAUCAUUCCGAGCGAUUCCAUGGUUAAGCUGCGACAGCUUACCCUCCACACCUCCAUGUCGGGGACUGGGAAAGGGCCAAUUCUUCAAUACUUCUGUACUGUGAUCUGCCACAGUUUGUACCCCGAUCACUACUGUGCUGUGGCACUUUGUGCAAACGGAGGAAUGGUUUGUUCCAAGCGAAGGGAGCAAGAAGCGGGUUCACGUAGUGGUCGCGACUCGUCAGUUUCAUCAUCGGACACAGCUGGAAGUAAGAAAAGUGUUUCUUUUGAAAGAGUGGACAUUACAGAUGAUACUGGGGCUACCUCUGAUAUAGAAGAUUCAGGCAGAUGGAACUUUCGCCAAGGUUUUAAACAUGGGAGCAUUAAUAUUGCCAAUUCUGAUAUUAAUUCUUCAUAUAGUAGUGGUGAUUUGUCAAUUCAGAAUGAUCCUUUAAUGGAUCUUUCUCUGUAUGAAUAUAAUACUGGGGAAUUUGGUGACUGUGAUGUGGUUGGUUUUGAUGUUGAAAAUAAUUCUGAUGGUGGUGAUUGUAUUUCUGAUUAUUUUGAGGGCAGCAUGCCUUCUGUGUCUUCCACUCAUGUAAACAGUUCAGAAUUCUCUUCAGAUAUUCACGUAUCAAGCAGUUCCCCAAGGAAAGUGUCUCCUGUGAAGUCUCAGCAGAACUUCUAUGUAUCCAGGACCAGAAUAAAUGUCAUGAACUCGUACACCGCUUCAUUAUCUCUUGAAUGCAUGAGACAAGUGACAGUUAUAAUAUACCAGAUGAGAGAGCUUUGCAUCCUUGUGUCCAUUGCUGGUACUGUGAUGGUGUUUACUAAAAACUGUGUUGAUGGUUCCAUGUUUGAAAUACUUCCUCCAGCCACAGACAUUCCAGACCUUGAACGUUGCCAAGUGAAUGCUGACCGUUGGAAACCUUGCAUAUGUCGCUACUCACUGAAAAUUGAAUGGUACCCUUGUGUGCUGAAAUACUGCAAAAGUAAAGACUCCUCUGGAAAAAUGUCAUCUUACAAGUGUGGAAUUCGCAGUUGUCAGAAGGCCUACUCCUUUGAUUAUUACACACCACAGAAACAAUUGUGCCUUUGGGAUGAAGAGACCUAACUAGGGAGCUCUUGUGUUGCAUUCCAUGAACAUUCUGGCCAUGGCUAAAAUAAUUUUGUAGAUACAUUUCACGUGCCAAACUGACAGCUUGGCAUUUUAAGUGCCAUAUUUGCCAUAUUAGGUCAGGCUGGGAUUCAGAUAUUGCAUAGCUGUGACAGAGUUGAUCUCUGGCUCAGUUUUUAUUCAUUGGUACUUAUGAGGUGCAUCACCUUCUAGAGAAGUGGAAGAGAAGGAUAGACUUAGUCAGUUUAGGCAGAUCUUGGAAUUUUGGGAAUGUUGGAAUUCUGGAACAUUUCUUGCAGACUUUAGCAGUCUUUAUUGACUGAAGCAGGCAGGUAGUCAAAUGGUUAGGUAAGAGAAAAACGUCUGCUUUGUUGAAUGUACUUUACCAAAGGAAAAAAAUAAAUAAAAGCAGUGCUUAAGUAUUAAAUGCUGCAGAUUCUGGUUAUCAUUAGUUUCCAUUUUCAGUGUAAUGCUGUGAGAGAUGGUAAAAUUCCCAUGGAUUUGUCGAACUGCAAAGAAGGCCAUCACACAUUGUUUCACUCUUCAAGCUGCUGUUAGAGGCCAGUUUUCAUCAUUGCUUAUUAGGGUGCUUGCAGCUUUAAUGAAUGGCAACAUUUGUCAUUUGUAUUUGAAAAACAAGUGGUUCUAAUAUGGUAUGCUUCUUGCUCCCUUUGAGGAAUUUUUACAGAUAUCAGUACUUGGCACCAUGUCUUCCCUUCUGCAAAGUCAUGGUUCCAUGACUUCACCAGGCCCUACCCACAGUGCCUCAGUGUUUGAAGCUGAUAUAAAGCCACCCUACCCCAGACAUCCUGCAGAUUAGGUAGGGAUUUGUCACUGUGGACAAUGCAGUUUGAUCAGUGGAACAACUUUGUGUUCUGAUAUCUCAGGAUUGUUUCCAUGCAAUUACAGGUUGAUUUACAGGCAACCAAUUAAAACCAUUUGGUGCAAAUUAGCUUCACGCAUCAGCUCAAUAAAAUUUUAAAUGCGCUCCCUGACCUCUAUAUACCCUGCUUAUAUCUCACGCCGAGAUCAUCAAACGUCUGAGAAAUAACAAAACCUUGCAUUAUUUCAGGUGCUGUUGAGGCAUCAUGUUCUCGGUAUGUCUUUAUUGAGCAGACUUUCAGCUAAUCAUUUGUCAAGUCCCGACUUGUGCAUGUCCAGGUCCUAAAGGUUUGCAAGGAGGUGUUAAGUCAUAAUGCCCUGAUCUCUCCAAAAGUGACAAUAGUGUAGAUGGAGAACAUUUGGCCUUACUCACCCUUUUCAGUAAUCUGAUCCAUACUUUCUCUCUGACCAAGCAUCUUGGAGGAAGCGCAGAUUGAAAACCAGUACUACAUUAAGCAGGCAAAGUUACCAAAAUUUAUGAAGUUGUGUAAUUACACUCUAGAUGCACAAUAUCCAAUCAUCCUAGAGUAAUGUGGUGUUUAAAUUUUGAGAAUGUAGCAGAUUCGCUUACGUACAUUACACAAUAUCCUGAGCCAGAGUUUGCAUAUGGAUAAUCUGUACUACUGUGCAGUUUAAGUAACAGAGAGGAGUCGCAGACAAGAGUGUACAUUUUGUAACUGGAACCUGUUUCUCUCUGCCUUUGUUUUCUCUGUAGUGAAUUAAAACCUUAACAUAUAAAAGAAGUGAAGAUGUUAUUUUAUAUAAUAGGCAGUCAGGAAAAGCAUGUGCCUUUUACAGUGGAAAGUUACGGUAUUCUGUAAAAUGUUUCCUGUCUCUAAUUUCAUGCUGCAAAGCAUUGGAUUAUUAACCAAUUUAAGUAGUGUCCUCAGACUGCAGCAUAGGUUUAUGGAGUACAUAUUUAUAAACCAGUCUUAUUCUAUUUCCAUUUGUCUUUAAACAUCAUGUCUUACUUUAAAUGACCCAUAAAUUAUGGGGCUGUGCUUUAUGAAGAAUACAGAGUCCCCUGCAUACAUUUCUACAUCUGUGUGAAAAAGACUAAAAAUAAAACUUCCCUUUAUACUUUUUACAGUUGCACCAAAACUCAUUUGUGUUUAAUUCAAGAAAUGCAGCGAAAUUUAGUAUGCCCCUGUCAAACAUCUGCCAUUAAUGUGCGAGAAGCAGAAAUAAACUCUUCAGUACAAUACAAGGUUUAGAAGAUUGUUGGGAGUUGGACAUUUGCCACAACCUCAACGUAUGAAUUUAUUUUUUGAGCCCCUAUGGUCUAUCCUACAAGAAGGGUGAUCGUAAAAGUUAAUACUAAGUUUAUAAGACAUGUGCCGAUAAUGUGAUGGCUACUAUUAACCAGCAUCACAGAAAAUGAGAAGCACUCGUUUCAAAUGAAGUUUUGUCAGAGGACAUUCCUCUUUUCCCAAAGUGAAUUAGCAGUGGUAUUGAUAAGUAAUGUAUGCUUUGACCCCCACUUAAAUGAGUAAUUUGAAUUCUGUCAAAGUUCAUAUUUUUGAUUCUUGUGGAAUUCAAGUUCCUGACAUUUGCAGUCAGAACAGGGAACUAAAUUGUUCUGUAUUUACAGCUCACGAGAACCGUUUCAAAAUCUGAUUAGUUGUUAUAAUGUAUAUGCUUGAAUUUGUUUAUGAAAGUAGGUCAGUCAGAUAUCCUUGAACCUUAGGGAAGGCAAAGUUUCAGCUGGAACUAAAGUAGGAUUAACUUUGUCUUGUAAAAAGGUCUGCAUUAGUAAAAAAAUGUAAUGCUUGCAUGAAGUAUAGUUUGUAAUGCUCUUAAAUGCCCUUUUCGCUGGGCACUGUAUAGAUUUUACCUUAUAGUUACAACUAAUUUUUAUGCAAAAUGUAAAGCGCGUCAUUUUUGUCUUGUACAGGAGAAAACCUAUUACAGUAUUUACAAACUCUGUUUUUAGUAUAUUUAAUAAAUGGCAGUGCCAUGCAUAAAAAUGCCUGGCUUGAUGGUUAGCUGGAAAGUUAGACAAAGGGGGACCAAAAAAAAAAUCAUGGCAGUUUCUUUGCAAUCUUCCAUUAUGCUUCCUACAUUUUGAUCACCAGUCAGGCAUUUUGCAUUGGAUAUAGUUAACUGUAAUAUUCCUCCAGAUGGACUAUGUUGACUUCAGUCUUCUAGAUGAAGUCAGAGAACACAGCUUAGAUGAAGUCAGAGAACACAGCUUCUGAAAUUUAGGAAUAUGAAGGCUCUAAGGGGGUUCCUCUCAGCAGGGAUUUUUUUUUUGAUUAGGUAAACAUGACAUAUGGAAAGCUGAAGCAAGUUAGAUUAUUUUGUGUUGAAAGAUUUACAUUUGUAGGUACCAGCUUGUAUGUGUGAAUGCAGCUGUGAAUGCAGCUGUCAUAACCACUGUCACUCACUGUCUAAUGGUCUGUAUGUAUUGACAUCUGACGUGCUCUCUUUUGUACAGAAGGGAAGUUGGCUUCCCCAUAGUUAGAGAUGUAGUUUAUAUCCAGCAAAGAGUUUGUUGUUCUGGCAUUAGUGACUGUGUCCAUGUUAUGCUUUAUGAAAAUACUUGGUAUGCAAAAUUAUCAAACUGAAAAGAUGACACAGAUGAACAAAAGUUAACAUUACUGCCUCACUGUACUUGGUUAUGUGGUUCAGUUUUAUGCAGGGGUGCUUUCUGUGUGGGCUUUCACUAGUGAAUUUUGUUUCUUGCUUUAAUCUGUGGAAAUGUGUAAAUAAUUUGGUGAUGCUCACAAAAAAUUGCCUGUGUGUGUCUUAUGCUUGUGUUGUGUAGUGAACUGGUAUUCCGUCCGAGAUUGGUUAUUGCCUUAUGCCCAUUACUUGCUGGGGUGGUGUCCAGUCCAUGUGAUUCAAAAAUGAGUAAUGCACGUAUUGAAAAUGGAUAUAAUAGAAGAAAAUCAUUCAAAACAAUGCCAGUACAUUGUAGGCAUAUUAUGCUGUUGCUGAAGAGGUAAAUGACCCUUUCCCUUGUCAGUUAUGCCAGACUUCUCACUAUAAACCAAAAAAGGGGUUUCAGGUAUUUCUGUUUAUGUUGUUGCUUUAUUUCUUCUCACCUCAUGUGCCUUCUGAACUGCAUGCCCUUGUAAUAAAAAAAAUCCUAACAGAAUUAUUUUUGUAUGAGAAAUAUGUGGGAAAAACUUUACUGAAAAAUAGUUUCUUGACAUACAAAUUAUUUAUAAUUUUAUAAGGUGAAUAAAUAUGCAAUUAUUUGAAA